CUUGCAUUGUCUCCGCCAACAGUGGCGUGCCAUUCUCACUUCGCGGUCUGCUUCAACACAAUUUUCGUUCGUGGCUAUGCACACUACUGCCAGCGAUCGGGAUGAGACCGAACAAGCUCGUACGCAGAGUCGUCUGAACCGCUCCUGAAGGAUCAGAAUGUCCCACAACCGGGACCCGAACUCGAACCCAGAUGGGUUUAGAGUCUUUAACACCAGCGAGCUGCGAGAUCUUCUACAAGAUGAGGAAAAAAUGGACCAGAUCGUCAGACUCAGUGAAAAGUUUCAGGAGCUGCAGGUGGACCGCGAGACCCUGCUGACCACCAAUCGCAGCCUGGCCGAAGAGAGCCUGUCCCGACGGCCACGCCUCCAGAACGGCAAGCUGCAAUUGGCUGAGAAGUACCAGGAGCUGGAGAGGCUGAGCGCCGCCUGCCAGGAGAAACAGAGGCAACUCGAGGCCUACACAGAGAAGCAUAGCCCCCAGACGGCCCAGAACCUCCUCCAGGAAGAGGUUGCCCGCGCUGAGGAGGAAUCCGAGGAUCUCCUGGAGAGGUUCAUGGAGGGCCAGGUUCCCCUGGAGGCGUUCCUGGAUUCCUUCCAGAGCUCCAGGAAGGUCUACCACAUCCGCCGCGCUCAGGCUGAAAAAAUGCAGGAGUUCAACCGAUCCGAGCGCAGCCUCAGGAAGCACAAGGAGGCCGAGGAGGAGAGGAAGGCGGAGAAGCAGGAGCCGCGGCCCAACGGCUUCGUGGCCCAGGGCCCGCCCCGCAUGUUUCAGCUCCGCUACGGCCUCACGCCCGCCAUCAUUCUGCCUCACUGCCCGCUCUCCUCCGCCUCCGCCCUGGCCCACGCCUCGAGCCUACCUCCCCUGGACAACCAGCCGGGCCAGCCGCACGCCCUGGGUUCCGGCGCUCCGCACUCCUGCCCCGGCCAGCCGGUGGGCCUCAGAGUGAUCGGACAGCUCCCCGGCUGGCCCGCCAGGCCGGUGCGGUUACAGCAGCUCUACAGGCCCAACCAGCAGCAGCCGGAGCCUCCGUUUCGAUAAUGCCGCCGCGGGGCCCUCCGGGAACGGUGCACGUUACCGAGUUCCCACGGACGCAGAGACUGCUCGAGGCCUUCUCAUUUCGAUCAGAAAAACAGCCAGCCGCCCAUAAGACAUAUUAACAUGCUCAAAAGGGAGUUGAUCAGAAGCCAUAAAGUACCGCGCAAAUGUAGCUACAGCCGUGCCAGUGAGGCAGGAGGGACACGGAACAUAACUCUUGUGGACGUUUUAUUCUCCUGGAAUGUCACGCUGUCGGGGCGUAAUGGAUUGGCGGGUGCAGCGAGGCUGUACCAGGCCCCGCUCUGCGCUGCAGGUGCUGCUGGAGACCUCGCGGGCUGGGAGGAGCCGCUCUCUCUCCGCGUACGUGAGAGCGGCUGGGUUUCUGAAAUGGCUCAUUUGUUUUGUUUUGGUGUCGAUGAAUUAAUAAAGUCCAAAUCAUGGUGUUUAUCGUCAACCCAAAAACGAGUUCUGAGUUUUGUACUUCAUCGUGCGUUCGCUGCAGCUGCAGCAUAAGACUGCCAAACGUCAUGUUUACACACCUCCACGCUGCUGUUUCUGAGCCAUGCUCACG